GGUGGUUGCUGAGCGGCUGCAGGAGGAGGAGGAGGAGGAGGAGGAGGAGAAGGAGCAUUAGAAAGUGGGGGGAGACAUGUAAUUUCAGUUUCAUCUGGCCCUGAGCCCUGUCACUGACCAGCCCAGUCCUCCAGCACAGCAGCUCCUCACAGGAAGCCUACAUGAGCCAGGAAGCAGCAGCAGCAGCCUGUAGCUGAGUCCUCGCAGAAGUUGUCAGUGUCAGUGUGUCAGCAUGGCCGGGGGCUCGGUGUCUGAGUGUAAGGAGUACCUAUUCAAAGUGCUGGUCAUCGGGGAGCUAGGCGUCGGGAAGACCAGCAUCAUCAAACGCUACGUGCACCAGCUUUUCUCGCAGCACUACAGGGCGACGAUCGGCGUCGACUUUGCACUCAAAGUCAUCAACUGGGACAGCAAGACUCUGGUCAGGUUACAGCUGUGGGACAUCGCAGGUCAGGAACGAUUCGGGAACAUGACACGAGUGUACUACAAAGAGGCCGUGGGGGCAUUUGUGGUGUUCGAUGUGACGAGGGGCUCUACGUUUGAGGCGGUGUCUAAGUGGAAGCACGACCUGGACAGCAAGGUGAAGCUGGCUAAUGGCAACCCCAUCCCCUCAGUGCUUCUGGCCAAUAAAUGCGACCAGAAGAAAGACAGCUCCAACAGCACAGCCCUAAUGGACAAUUUCUGCAAAGAGACUGGCUUUCUGGGCUGGUUUGAAACCUCAGCCAAGGAAAACAUCAACGUCGAUGAGGCAGCACGUUUCCUGGUAGAGAAUAUCUUGGCUAAUGACAAAGGUUUGCCGUAUGAGGAGAGCAAUGGAGACCGUAUCAAACUGGACCAGGAGGCAGUGGCUGCUGAGAGCAAGUCAGGCUGCUGUUGACACUUGAUCCAUCCAUAUUAGCCAUCCGCCUCCCUUUGGCAAGGUUCAACCCGGGCACCCAGCAUGUGGCUCUCAGCGCUCUACUGCAGCCUCUCUGAGGAAUAUGAAUUAGUGGGUCUUCAAAGCUCUGGGAUCUUCUCCUCUCUGCACUGAUGCCCGUUUGACCUGCACAUCCAAGUUUCUCAUAGUUGUCUUUUGACCAGAAUAGAAGCCCAAUUUUAUCUUGAUGUUGUCGCAACUGUUGUCACUGUCUCUAUCGGACUGUUUCCUUCUUUGUCUCAUACACAGCGUCUUUAUUAUUGUGUUUGUCUCGCUGCUUAUUUUCCUGAUUGUGUAUUCCACCACCAACUAAACUAUGACCCCCACCCAGCUCUCCAUGCUGGGACCACACUGCCCCUCCUGUUGCCCCGACAACCUCUGAAGCCCUGGACUAUGCCAUGCCUGAGAAGGGGGUGCAAACUAAGCAGGAAUUUAAGAAACACAAGCUCAAAAACAACCUGUAACCUCUUAAUUUCUGCCACUUGGUCUUUUUUUAUUUCAGUAUCUUUGUCAUUUAACAUUUAUCUGUGAAACAAGACCCUGUAUUGUUUUCAGAUGGACGUCAAUGACGGCACACUCAUAUUUGGGUUUCCAGCUGCUUUCUAGACUACUGUGUAAAAAGUAAGCAAACAGGCAUCACAGCUACACCUUAUCAAGUGUAACAUAUCUCAUUGUUGUCAUGAACUGUUGUCUUAACGCCAUUUCUUCUCUGACGUUACGUGCCAUUAUACAGUUUUUGUUAUGUUAAUUAGUGGGUACACUUUUUGUUAUUCACUCAAACAUGUACAGACACCACAAAGACGGACAAUACAGUAUUUCAGAAAAAACUCUAACAACGAUACUACGAGACAUUGAGAAAUCUUUGUUUGAUUGUCCACCAGUAUGAAAAUGUAGAUCUGAUUACAGUAUGUAUUUUCUCUUAAAUGUGUUGGGUCAUGCAUGAGGCAACUGGUGAGAUACAUGUAUAAAAACAGAAUCAGACAGAGAAAUACACUCUCUUGUACAUUAAAGUAUUCAGAUGAAAUAUGAA